CUGAGGCGGCACUAGUUUAAUCUCAGUCGUCGGUCCAGCCUAUAUACAGUCUACACAGAAGUCCUCAUAUUAUUUUACAAAGAUGAUUCUUGCUUUAGUAGUUGUUGCAGCUCUCUUCAUUAACACUGGCACUGCUCAGCCAGAUGAGCCAAGAUGCAGGGAAACCCCAGAGACCUGGUCUGGGUAUCUUUACAUUAUUAGUGUUCGUUCAACUGAAGCUCGCUUCACAAUAUCCUUGGGCAGCUAUAGUAGGACUGCACAAAAGAUAAAAAUCACUGAUGUGAAAUCAAUGACCAAUGAACCAUUGAGAACAGUACUGGAGGAUUAUGAGAAGAGGAUUCGCUACACAUCUGUUAGUGGUAGCUGCAGGAAUGAAACACUGGAAGGAGAGUUCCCAUCAUAUGGUGUACCAGAAGAUGCUCACUUUGAUGGGCCAGUAGAAACACUUGGUGCAAAAAUAGCUGGACUGGGAGUCACAGUUGCUCACUACACUAUUGCAGAGCGUGGCUUUUCCUACUACACCUAUCAUCCACUGGGAGAUGAGGGUACCCAGUGUAUCCCAAUCACAAACUCUAUUGCUACUCUUGAACCUCUUGGGGAAGACAUCAUACAGUAUGCUAAUGUCACUACUGUCCUACCUACUGAUGCUUUUAGCUUGCCUCCUGGAUGUGGAUAAACAUAUGAUGAACAUCAAAACUGAGCUGUGUUAAACUAAUUAUAUAGUAUAGAUUUUGUUUUCUGUCCUUGAGUGGUUUUUAUAGGCUUUGAUAAAACAAAGUUAUUAAUAAGAUGAUUAAUUAUUCAUA